UUACCAUGAAGUUUAUUACCAGUUUACUGCUGCUGCUGGCUGCAGAAACAUGUCUUUUCCAGUUAACAUUAGCUGGAGUUUCGGCAGUGCCUUUGGAUAUAUUGGAGAAUUUGAAAAUCUCUGACGAUUUGCCAGAGGCUCCUGUAGAGGUGGAGCAGGAAAUAUUUGAACGUAAUAUCUAUGCUGAUAUAGUAGAUGAGUUACCAGCAGCUGUUGAGGAACAAGAACAGAAUGUUUUGGCUGAGGAGCGUGCUGCUGAAUGUACAAUUAACAUUCGCUCUGGUUUGAGUGCUCCCCAACCUGUGUUCUUGGAGACAGAUUCUGCCAACUUUUAUCCCUACUCCGAUACUGGCAACAUGCUGGUGGAUUCCGGCAAAACCAUGCAAAUGUUUUGUCCUGGUCAAUUCAAGUCCUUUGCCAAGACUCUCAUAACCGCAACUUGUGUUAGUGGCACUACCUUCAAAGUUGAUGGCACCAGCUAUAGUUUCUCGGAAUUGGUGUGCAAAUCCUGGCCCAGUUUUGUGGCCAAGAAAACUGGCAGCUCUUGUAAUGGUGGUGUUUUAAUUAAAGUAGGUUUUGAGGUCUCUUCCUCCCGCUUUGCCGAACAAAUGCAGGUGUGCUUUAAUGAGGAGGAAGAAGUAACCCGUUAUGUUUAUCACACUUUACAUCCGGGCAGCAAUUAUUACCAAACAGGCGUAGAUCGUAUUACCUUCCAAACUGCCGGCUUUUUUGGAGGUAAAAAUGUAGACAAACUUUAUACCCAGGUGACCCAACAGGAAACCCUAAAUGCUGAAUUGGAUGGUGAGGCUAGUAAAUAUUUCGACAAUGCCAAGAAUGUUUAUUUGGCCCGUGGCCACAUGGGAGCCAAGGCAGAUUUUGUAUAUGGCACCCAACAACGUGCCACUUUCCUGUUCAUUAAUGCUGCCCCUCAAUGGCAGGUGUUUAAUGCCGGCAAUUGGGCUCGCGUGGAGGAUGGUGUCAGAGCCUGGGUAUCGAAAAACAAAAUCAAUGUCCAGUGCUAUACAGGAGUCUAUGGUGUCACCACUUUGCCCAACAAAGAAGGACGUGAAACUCCUCUUUAUUUAUCCCAUGACAGCAAUAAUAAUGGCUUGAUCCCGGUGCCCAAAAUCUACUUCCGUGUGGUCAUACAACCGGCCACCAAAAAGGGUAUUGUAUUUGUGGGUGUCAACAAUCCCCAUUUGACUUUGGAACAAAUCAAAAAGGACUAUGUAUUUUGUACUGAUGUCAGUGACAAGGUGAACUAUAUAAACUGGAAAAAGACUGAUAUCACAGCGGGCUAUUCGUAUGCCUGUGAGGUUGACGAUUUCCUAAAGACUGUCAAGACAUUGCCUGCUCUUACAGCCACUGGAGGUUUGUUGGUUUAAAGACUGUUUUUAAUUUUCUGAAUAAAACAUACAACGCAAUAAAGUUUACGCCAAAGAA